UCCAGCGUCCACGUCGCGAAUGCUCUGGAAUGCGCGAAGGGCCUCCGGAGACUGGCAAUAAGUAGAGGUGGAAAACCCCUGCGCGUUUCGCGUCGGAGAAGAUCGCGAAGCUCCAAAGCGUCAAGAAAACAGAGAAAGCAAAAGGGUUUGCGGACCGCGUCGCACCGGUAACUAAGUCAUUUGGUUCGUGGGAUCGGUUGGAAGGUUAUAAAAAAAAUCAAACAUCUAUCUGAUUGAUGAUUCUAUCGUUUUCUCACCCUUAACCUGUGAGAUAGGGAGAAACCUCCACGGGUUCUCACAGCCAUAGAGCUUGUCCAAUAGGGUUAAGUUUUAUUACGGACUCUUAGAAAAAUGUUUCCUGCCUACGGAUGCAUGGAUCCAUACCCUCAGAAUUUCCCUCACCACAGAGACCCUCACCACAUUCCCUAUCCUUAUUACUACUAUCCAGACUGGGAAGCUGUACCUUCUCAGAUGAGAGUAGAUUCAUCAAAACCUCCCUCACUUUUUGGACCAUGGCCAUACAAUGGCAGCACCAGCCACCCAAAUCCAAGUGAAUGCCAGAGCUGCUGCAACCAUAUUUACUCUCCAGGAUGUUAUAGUUUCAGACCUCUAUACCCUCAUAUUCAGCCACCACAUCAUUGUUACUACAGUGGACCAUAUGGACCUUAUCCUGAUACCUGCCCACCUUAUUUCAUGCCGCCACCUCAUUAUUCAUUUGGUCGAGCUCAAUAUGAUUAUGACAAGGCUAAAAAUCACAGCUGCGGGUGUCCAAAUCAUAUGUGCGGGGGUGAGAAUACUAGUGUGAAGAUGGAAGAACAAAAGACAGAUAUGGAGCUAAAGCCAAAAGCGAGUGACUUCCCCAGUCUGAUUAAACUGCCAAACUACCCUUCAUAUCCACUAGCAUGGGUUCCUCAUAAUUAUUUGAAGGAGAAAGAUACUGAUAAAAAUUCUGAAUCACAACCUGGAAUUUGGAAUGGAUGGAUCCCUCUGGAUAUUAACAGCCUCAAGGGUCUGAUGCAGGAUGGAGAAGACAAAAAGGGCUCACAAAAUGAAGGGAAGAAGAGUCAGUUUCCAUGGCCUAUUAUCUGGAUGCCUGGUUAUGAUAAACCAGAGCAGGCUGUAAAAGAUUUGGAAGAGGUCAACAACAGUCCAAAAAUUUCAGAAGAAAUGCCAAAAUUUAAGAUCAUCCCGCUUAAAUUUUUGGAGAAUGGGAACAGGGAGGAGAAACCAGAACUAGCAGAGGAUGAGUCUAAAUCUCAAGCACAACGAGAAGCAGUAAGUGAAAAGGAAGCCAAAAUUAAAAUAAUUCCAGUUAAGCAGAUGGAAGCAAGCAAUCAAAUGAAGAAUGAGGAGCAAAAUGAAAGGAAUCAUGAAAAGAAGUCCAGCAUCGUUGCAAAACAAAAUGAAGAAAAUGGAAUGAAGAAGUCUUUUGAUGGCAAACAAUCAUCACCUGUCAAGUCGUCAAAGUGGACUCCUGUAUGUUUAAGAGUUGACCCAUUGCCAAGAAGGAAAAAUGGAAAUGGUUCAUCCGAAUCUCCUGGCCCGUCUGGUCUUAUUGAGAAAGAGAGAAUUCAUCAGGACAACAAAGAACAUGGUUCAGCUCGGAACGAGACCAAGGAGAAAAUUUCUAAGAAAGAAAUUCGGAUUGUUGAUGUUAAGGAUAAGUCAUCAAACAAAGUAGAGAAGGAAGCAUGGAGUUGCCAAGAUGCAGUGCCAAUCAUUUCAAUUAAAGAUGCUCCAGGGGAAGCUGUGACAGAGAAAGCUAGUGAACUUUGUGAGCAAAGGGUUAAAGAAAGUUGGGGUGGUGCUGAAGCUUCAGAUAGUGAAGGAGUAGAAGGUAAUGACUCUGAGGGUGGGUUAUCUGAUGGUCAAGAGAAGAAGAUUAUUGAGGAAAGCAGAGGUAUGGAGGAUACAGAAAUUACAAAAAUGGAAGUAACGAAGGAAAGAAAGGAUUUAGCAGAAUCAGAUGCAGCGGUCCUUAUUCAGUCUGCAUAUCGAGGGUUUGAGGUGAGAAGAUGGCAACCUUUAGAGAAGCUUCGGAAGGUAGCUCGAAUUCGCCAAGAAGUGGAAGAUAUCAAAAAACAAAUUCGAAGCUUUGAAGCCUCUUCAGAGGGACAAGAUAUGAAGCAGAAGGUGGUUAUCAAUGAGACUAUAAUGAAUCUGCUUUUGCAGCUGGAUACAAUUCAGGGCUUGCAUCAAAGUGUGAGGGAGGCGAGAAAAUCUGUUGCGAGGGAGCUCACUUGUUUGCAAGAGAAGCUAGAUUCUCUAAGCGGACAAACUACCGCAGAUCGUGAGUCAGCUAAGAUUGAAGAAAGUGUUAGCAGCAAAGUUUCUGAUGAUCAAACUUGUCUUGGAAGCUCAGUUGCUGUGGCUGAACCAUCGUCUGAGCAUGUUUGUAAACAGUUAUCUGAUAAGAAGUGUACCGUAGAUUUCACAUCUAGUGAAGAAAUACAAGAGAUUGAGGCAGAGGAAAAAAGAGAUGCACUAAUAACAACCAAUAAUCAAGAGCUAGAGGCUGAACCAGGAGAGGCUGCACAUUUGUCGAUCAAAGAAAUGGUUUCUGUGGCGAAUGGGGAGCAUGAAGAAGCACCUUUGCGGGGGGAGGAACAAACUGUUUCCGAAAGUGUGGCAUUGAUGGAGACAAAACUGCUCAGUGAAGAGCCUUCCCUUGAAUUAGAGGAAUCUUUGGUGCCUUCAGUAUCUACUGUCAAGAAAGUUUUGGUGGAGGUAUCUUCUGCCAAAGAUGAAGCCCCCAAGUUGGAUUUGGAAGAGCAUCUAGAGACACAAGGGCUUAGCCGUCAAGAGUUUGAGUCAGUGAACAAAGGGUUUGUUGAAUGUGGAACUGGACCAAAUACACAGAUGAAUCCAGAAGUGGAGAACAGUUUAGUACCAUCAUUGAAGGGGUGCAGCCUUGAUGAAGCCGAUGAAAUCAAAGUUGAAGAGCAUGAAGCUGUUUCUAAUGCAGUAGAGUUCGUAGAACCUCUAUCAGGAAUGGAUGGAUCUAAUUUUGAAAAUGAGGAACGUAUCAGUGAAGCUGCUAGAAAGCAAGAAGAGCCCCAAAUGAUGCCAUUGGCAGAAGAAAGCGAUUCCAAGGAGAAUACCACAGCACAUGCAACUGCUGACACUAAGAAUGUGGAAGUUCCGAGCACAUCACAUGCGAUCAAUGCAGUAGGCUUUGUGGAAAAUAUGUCAGCAGUCGAUGAAUGUAAUUCUGCCAAGGCAUCUGGUACUUGGUUCAGUGAAGCUGUAACCAAAGAGCAGCCGCCUCAAAUGUUGGUAGUGGAAGAAAAUUAUUUUGCAGAGAAGGCAUUAGGAGAUGCAGCUGCUGAUCCUAUAGACAUGGAAGCUACAUGUGCAAGAACUGUUACUUGGGCUUCUGAAGAGAGUAAUAAUGCUAGAAGCGUGAUAGAGAAGAACAUGGUGAUGCAGACGCUGGUUGACACCAUGUCAGAGAACCAAAUUGUAGUACAGGUUGGAUCUUCUGAGUCUGGCACGAAGAACGGAACCAACUUUGUGGUUGCUAAUGAGGUCAUUGAAGAUAAAGACAUGUCUGCAACACCUGAAAUUGGCAAGGAAGCAGCUAUGGAUAAGGGUAGAACUUUACCCCUAAAAGAAAUUCAUCAUAGAGAGUCCUCUCAGAUGCCUAUUGUAGGAGCAGCUCUUGAUGAAGUGAGCACUCCAGCUUCAAAAGAAGAGAGAAUUGUUGUGGCUGAGAAAGAUUCCAUCCCAAUUGCUGGACCAGUUUCAAGUGCCAAUUUGAGCAUCGAGGAGAAGCAGCUGGUGGAAGAAAAUGAGAGACUAAGGGAGAUGUUAGAAAAGUUGCUUCUUGCAGGAAAAGUGCAGUUGGGGGUUAUUUCUGAUCUUGAUGGGAGAGUCAAAGACCUGGAGAAGAAGUUGGCACAGAAGAAGAGGGUGAGGGUUAGACGUCACAGACCAGGCAAGUCUUCUUCCUGUAAAGUUGCAUGCUGAAAAAUCAUGUGAAGAAUGAUUGAGAAGGCUGUAACCAUGCAUGAUUGUGUUGACACCAUGUAUAUUUAUAUUGUAAGAAAUGAAAUAGUUUCAACGUAA